AUGGAAAAACGGAGCUCCAUUAAAAGAAACAGAGGACUGAGAUUACCACCUGGUUUCCGGUUUCACCCGACCGAUGAAGAGCUCGUGGUUCAAUACUUGCGUCGAAAAGUGUCCAAAUUACCCUUACCGGCUUCUGUUAUACCGGAAAUCGAUAUCUGUAAAGCCGAUCCAUGGGAUUUACCAGGUGAUUGUGAUUCAGAGAGGUACUUUUUUAGCACGAGGGAAGCUAAAUACCCAAACGGAAACCGGUCGAACCGAUCAACCGGUUCGGGUUACUGGAAAGCGACUGGGAUCGAUAAGCAAAUCGGAGGGAAGAAGCUUGUUGGGAUGAAGAAAACUCUGGUUUUCUACAAAGGGAAACCACCGAACGGGACAAGAACCAAUUGGGUUCUUCAUGAAUAUCGCCUCGUUGAUUCGCAGGAAGAGUCACACGGAGAGAACACGAAUUGGGUUCUGUGCAGAGUGUUCUUGAAGAAGCGGAGCAAUAAUCAUAAGAGGAAAGAAGAUGAGAGAGAGAGGGAGAAAGAGAGAGAAAGUGACGACGAGGACAAGAGUGCUUGUCCGAUAUUCUAUGACUUUAUGAGAAAAGACAGGAAGAAAAGAAGAUUCUGCGAUUUGAAUUUGACUCCUACGUGUUGUAGCUGUUGUUCUUCUUCUUCAGCGUCUUCGUCGGGUUGCUCAAGUGCUUUAACUCAGACAUCUUCUAAUGACUCUGAUAAUCACGAAGAAAUUAGUUGUCGGGAAAUUAAGUUUUGUUUGUUUCUGUAA